AGACGUACAGGGCUUCACUCCCGCCUCCUGGGACCAAGGUGUCGUGAUGACGCCCAAAGUCCGGGUGCCACUGGGGUCUGCUGUCCGGGUCAGUUUCAGGACAAUCUGGUUGGCAAAGUCGUUCUUGGCCGACACCACGGCAAGGAUUAUGCAACGCGGCUCCCUCAUGUAGGACUGAACGACAUCCUGGAUGAGCUCAACGUCCGAAGUGGUUUGAUUAUUCGUCUCGGAGUGAAUGAGCCCGGGAAGGUCGACAAUGGUGAGAUGGGGUUGGUCCGGGCCGGUCACUUCGAUGCGGAGGAUGUCCUUGCCAAAGGCUCUGCCGUACACCGUGAUGCCCAUCUCGGCCUUCGCUCUCUCGAUCAAACGGGGAAUAUUGUCGAAACCAUCCAGCUCCUCACGGAAGGCAAGAAGAGCCUUAUGCUCAGCUUCCGGGCGGGAUUCAUGGGGGACAAUGGAAACACCCGCGCUAAUGUGUGAGGUCCUGCGCAGGACCAGCUCGUUGGUCUUGAGAGCAGAGCUUGCUCAGGGAGCUCGGAAAGGCGACCAUCUUGAGAUGCUCUCUCCGCCUUCAGCGCUUCGAUUGGGUUUGCUUUCGUGGUGUGCUCUUGUCACCGUCUGUUCAGCGUUGGCGGUAGCUGCGUUGUGCCAUUGGCGUGAUCGCGGGGCAUCACCUGGUCGGCAGGAGAGCGACUCGCAUGGCGGCUUCGUCGAUAGGGCCCCGAACGUUGAGCAUCUCGUAACUCGGAGCAUGGUGGAAGACGGCAACUCUUCGUCGUUCGCAGUCAGGCAAGUCGGCAAUCACAGUCAUACAAUGAGUCGAGAAGGUCGGUAUGGCCAAGACUUGUUUGUGUACCCAGUUCUAUGUAUCCUCCGCUAAGCGCCUUAUGGGAUGCAAAUGUAUCUUCAGUCGCCUUCAAUCGCCUUCAAUCGUCCUCAAUCGUCCGCAAGAACCAUCUCAAUGACAAACAAUGCCAAGUAGAUGUCGGCUAUUCGAUUCAUCCCGACCUCUGCCCCCUUCCAAAAGGUCUUACCUGUCUU